GCCAGAGCUUGGCCAGAGGACCCAAGGCAGAUAAGGAAGGAAAGUCCCACCAAGAGGGGUGACUAAGGGGCCAUCGGGAACUUAACAAUGUUGGUGUGGCCCAGCCUGCCAAGCUCCCAGAUUCUGCAGGGAGGGAUCUGCUGGGGCCAGUAGAGCUUGAUCACCCAAUCCCAGAAGCCUUCCUAUCACACCCAUCUUGGCUCUAAAGUUCCAGUACUGGAGGUCUAAGAGACCCAGGCCCACCAUGGCCACGUGCUGGAACUCUUCCAAUUCUUCCCCAGAACACUUGGAUUUCGAUGCCUUGCAGGACUACAUGGUCCUGGAUUUUCCCCAGAAGACAGCCAUCGCCGUGCUCUGCUCCCUCCUGGGCAUCCUGUGUGUCCUGGAGAAUGCCAUCGUGCUCUUCCUGAUCCUAUCCUCCUCAAGGCUCCGAAGAAAACCCUCUUACCUGUUCAUUAGCAGCCUCGCAGGUGCCGACUUCCUGGCCAGUCUGGUUUUUGUCAUCAGCUUUGUAAAAUUCCACGUCUUCCACCAGGAAGAAUCAAGGAGCGCCUUCCUCCUGAAGCUUGGGGGUGUCACCAUGACUUUCACAGGCUCUGUGGGCAGCCUGCUGCUGACCGCCAUUGACCGCUACCUCUGCCUGAGCCAUCCUGCCAAAUACAAGGCCCUGCUCACCCGGCGAAGGGCACUGGCCACACUCGCAGCCAUGUGGACCAUCUCAAUGGUGGUCUCUUACCUGCCGCUCAUGGGGUGGACCUGUUGCCCUAGACCCUGCUCCGAACUCUUUCCCCUAAUUCCCAAUGAUUACCUGCUGAGCUGGAUUGUGCUCAUAGCCAUUCUGCUCAUUGCCAUCAUCUAUACAUACACCUACGUCCUAUGGAAGGCCUACCAGCACACGACCAAUUUGGUAGUGUACCAACAGAGGCGGUUAGCAGGCCUGUCUCGGAUGCGGCUGGAUGUGAGGUUGGCCAAGACUCUGGGAGUGGUUCUGAUGGUGCUGGUUCUCUGCUGGCUUCCUGUGCUGAUCCUCAUGGUCUAUAGUCUGGCUGCCUCACUGAAUGAACACAUUAAGAAGGUCUUCGCAUUUUGUUCCAUGCUAUGCCUGGUCAAUUCCAUGGUGAACCCUGUUAUCUAUGCCCUGCGAAGUAGGGAGAUCCGUUCCUCUGCCAGGAACUGUCUGACCCGUUGGAAAAAUAUGCUCAGAGGCGUUGGAGCAGAGGGUACAGAGGAUACUCAGAAGUCCUCGGUCACAGAGACAGAGGGGGAGACAAAAGUCACCUGAGCCCCUGAUCCUCACCUCCUUGUUGUCUAGGUUCAUUAACUCCUAUUUAGGUUUCUGAUAUCAAAAUUAAUAAGCAUCCCUACCUUCUCAAAAGCACUUCUCAUUAACACUAAAAAUUUUUUUUUCUAGUGUAAAGAUAACAGAGAGACAAUGUGCUAUAGUCGAUUUGGAGGCUCUAAGGCUGGCCUCAGAGUCAGGAAGACUCAGGCUCAAAUCUGGCCUCUGACACAUACUGACUGUGUGACCUUGGGUUAGUCACUUAGCAGAGUUCUAAGGAACUCAAUUAGGCUCUAAGUUUCAGAGAAGGGGCUGACCUGCAUUGGUAGAGGGAGUUUGCUCACCUGGAGUUCCAAUGAAAUCACAGGGCCAGUGACUAUCCCUGUCCCCAGUAGUAAAAUACAGUUAUCUGUUCUACAUCACAGGGUUAGGGGUGCGGUGGUACCUUUGUGAUCUGGAAAAUCCACAUAAAAUUUUUUGGCUCUCCCUUUG